AUGUGUGUCAUCUCCAAGCGCGAGGAGAGUGCCCAGAAAAAUGCUGCCCAGGAAGCUCAGACAGAAGCGCCAAAGAUAAAUCCCGAGCAAGCUUCUUGUGGCCCUCCGUCCUCCCGAUUGGUGAGUUCUUGCCUUCUGGUGGAAGCUCCCGACAAGCCCGGCGAGCUGGAGAAGGCCGAGGAUUGGAGCGAGAGGGACAUGGAGACUCUGAAAUGCAAGCUCCGCGACUGCAGAUGCCAGCAGCCCGAUCACCCAAAGAGUGGCUGCGGUUUUUCUUGGAUCGGGAAUUCUCAGGCGCUGAUGAAAGACUUCUGGCUCUGCGGGGCGGCCAUCCCGGUGCUCGACUUGGACACAGAACUUGUGUUGCCUGGUGAACGCAGGUCCACCACAGAGGCCAGCUUGCUCAUGCUUCUGGGAAUUCCGAACCCUCACGGCCAGAGAAUAUCAGCUGCGCAUGGUCUCAACUGUGUCAUUCGCUUGUGGUGGUCCUCCCGUUCUUCCGACAUGCAAGAAGAUGGUGCCUCCGCUUGGGUUGCGAACUGCCUGUACCACCACGUAUAUCCCCUGCUCGGCCAAGAGCAACAGGCAGAACCGACGACGGCACUUUGUCCCGACACAUCGCGGAGCCUCUCAUCCGCUGGUCAGAACAGGCUGGAGCCGUACAGGCCGUUCGGAGCCAGUGCCAAAGUGCGCUGUGGGAUCUGCAAGCAGCAUCAAGCAGUUCACGAGUACCUUAGCAGUGGGAAAGGAUUCAAAUCAUGCGAUGUGGCUCGCAGUGUUUCCGAAGAGUUCAAGUCUGCAAAUUUGGCCCGACAUGCGGAGGUGAACCCCGCCCUUGUACUGUCCUGCCUGCGCGAAGACACUCGCUCCAGCUUGGAUACCCUGACCGCGAUAGAACUCUUGGGCUACGUCCAGAGCGAAGAGCUUCCGGCAGAAGUGGUGUCAGCACUUCAAGGCUUGAAGUUG